GUGACCUUCCCAGCUUUUGUUGAUGAGCACAUCUGAGAGAGCAGGAUCGACUGUCUGGAGUGAGUGUGUGUGUUGUGCGCUCAUGCAAUUGAAAGAAAAGUACCAUUUCUCCUUUGGAACAAGGCAGUGAACUUCUUGAAACUGUCAAAACAGGAGUGGGGAAUGUACUGGAUGACUGCAAACAUCAGAAGACUGAAGAAAACUAAUCCAUUGCUACUGUUCAACCUUGCAACAACACAUAGAGGCAGCAGAUUGUUAACCCUCCAGUGAUAUAGAUUAUUGCCAGUAAUAUGGAGUACGAUAGAAUAGGGUCGCCGGAUAUGCCUCGUUGGUCAGUUUAUGAUGGAGAGGAGCACUGGCGCUUUAUGGAGAAACUGGAUGCCCGGAUCAGGAACCAUGACAGGGAGAUUGAGAAAAUGUGCAACUUCCAUUUCCAGGGAUUUGUGGACUCCAUCACAGAGCUGCUGAAAGUGCGAGGAGAGGCCCAGAAGCUGAAGAUCCAGGUGACUGAUACCAACGAUAAGCUGCAGGAAUCGGGAAGGGAGUUAAUUAUGGAAAUGGAAGAACUGAGGAAGUGUCGCUCACAGCAGAGGAACAUUGCGGCCACGGUGGACCAGCUGACCCUGUGUCUGCCAGUUCUGGAGAUGUACAGUAAAUUACGGGAGCAGAUGAAGACUAAAAGGCACUACCCUGCACUGAAGAUUAUGGAGUAUAUGGAACACACAUUUUUGCCUCGGGUGAAUCCUUACCGCUUCUGCACGAUCAUGAUGGAGAACAUCCCCAGGUUGAGGGAGGAGAUUAAGGAAGUCUCCAUGUCCGACCUGAAGGACUUUCUCGAGAGCAUCCGCAAGCACUCGGACAAAAUCGGAGAGGCGGCAAUGAAGCAGGCACAUCAGCAGAGGAACCUGGACAACGUUGUCUCUCAGCAACACAGGACGGGAAGUGGGAAGAAACUGAAGAAAGAUGGCGGCACAGGCUUUGAUGCAGAGGUGGAUAAAAUCAGCCCAAUGUCUGAGCAAGAUUCGGGAAUCCUGGAUGUCGAAGAUGAGGAGGAUGACGAAGAGGUACUAAGUGCCCAAGAUCUUGUGGACUUCUCUCCCGUGUACAGAUGUUUGCAUAUAUACACAGCACUGGGUGCCCAAGAUACAUUUGAGAGCUACUACAGGAAACAAAGGAAGAAACAGGCUCGCCUGGUACUUCAACCCCCGCCUAACAUGCAUGAAACGUUAGACGGCUACAGGCGGUAUUUUAAUCAAAUUGUAGGUUUCUUCGUGGUGGAAGAUCACAUAUUGCACACCACCCAGGGACUGGUGAACAGAGCGUACAUUGAUCAACUGUGGGAGCUAGCUGUUUCGAAAACCAUGUCAGCACUCCGGACUCAUUCAUCUUACUGCUCUGACCCCAACUUGGUCCUGGAUCUGAAGAAUCUCCUGGUCCUCUUUGCCGACACUCUUCAGGGUUACGGUUUCCCUGUUAGUCAAUACUUUGACUUGCUGCUAGAGAUCAGAGAUCAAUAUGGAGAAAUUCUGCUGAGGAAAUGGUCGGGAAUCUUCAGAUAUAUCUUAGAGUUGGACAACUACAGUGCAAUUCCUGUUUCAAAUGAAGAGGAGUUUAAGAAGGUGAUGGGUCAGUUUCCGUUUCACGAUGCCGACUUGGAAAACCAACCCUUCCCCAAGAAAUUCCCAUUCUCGGAAUUUGUGCCCAAGGUCUAUUCGCAAAUCAAAGAAUUUAUCUACGCCUGCCUCAAGUUUUCAGAAGAUCUUCAUUUGAGCUCAACAGAAGUAGACGACAUGAUCCGAAAAUCCACCAAUCUCCUGAUGACUAGGACCUUAAGCAACUGUUUACAAAAUGUCAUCAAGAAACAGCAUGUGGGUCUUACUGAGCUUGUACAAAUUAUCAUCAACAUGACACACCUGGAGCGGUCCUGCAAGUUCCUGGAGGAAUUCAUCACCAAUAUCACCAAUGUACCACCAGAGACUGUUCAUGCUACCAAACUCUACGGCACAGCAACCUUCAAGGAUGCUCGGCACGCUGCAGAGGAAGAGAUCUACACCAAGCUCAACCAGAAGAUCGACCAAUUCCUCCAACUGGCCGACUACGACUGGAUGAGAUCAGAGUCCAAUGGACAUGCCAGCGAUUACUUAGUUGACCUCAUUGCCUUCCUGCGGAGUACGUUUGCCGUGUUCACCCAUUUACCUGGCAAAGUGGCUCAGACAGCCUGCAUGUCGGCCUGUAAGCACCUCUCCACAUCCCUGCUCCAGCUGCUGCUCGAUAACGAGGUCAAACAGAUCACCAUGGGGGCUCUGAAACAGUUCAACAUGGACGUCAAAGAGUGCGAACACUUUGCCAGAUCCGGACCAGUGCCUGGGUUCCAAGGUGACACACUGCUGUUGGCCUUCAUCGACUUGAGACAACUUCUGGACCUCUUCACCCAGUGGGACUGGUCAACGUACCUGGCCGACUAUGGGCAGCCCGGCUGCAAGUACUUGAGGGUGAACCCAACUACAGCGCUCACUCUGCUGGAGAAGAUGAGAGACACGAGCAGGAAGAACAACGUCUUUGCGCAGUUCCGCAAGAACGAACGGGACAAGCAGAAGCUCAUCGACACGGUGGCGAAGCAACUCAGGAGUCUGAUCAGCAGCAUGUCCCACCACUCUUGAAUCUACACUCUGAGCCCCCCCUACCUCUCUCUGUCCAUACCCCUCCCUCCCUCCCUCCCUCCCUCUGUCUCAUCUGGACAUUAUGUCAGAUUCAGGGCAAUUCCCAUCCACAGAAGUGGAGACCAGUCCAUCGCUCAAAGGGCAACAAGUUCUUGGCAAAUUCUUUUCUGUUGCAUUGUGGGAAGUUGCAAACAGCCUUUCAAUGCACGCAUGACGGAAUAAGCAACUUCUCAGUUACUGAACUCCUUACACGCACCGCGCUGUCGGACCUGUACGCAGACAGCAUGGGGUCAGACGCACAGUGGAACGUUCUUUACGUUCAAGAUUCAGGAUGCAAACUUACUCAUCACGUGAACAUCGAAGCAUACAGUGAAAUGCAUCAUUUGCAUUAACAGCCAUCAUACACAAGGUUGUGCUGGUGGGGCAUCCCGCAAGUGCCACCACACAUUCUGGAGCCAACAUAGCAUGCUAACAAUGUCUGGCAGAACAACACCGAACAGAACAGAACACGACAAGCAACAAAACAACAACAGCAAAACCAACCCCGUGCCUCCUCCCAUCCAAGCACACACACAGUCCUCCAACUCCAGGAGAGGCCAUCUUCACCCUCCAGCCUCCAGUGGAAACAGACUUGCAGACAUUAGGCCUUCAGCUUCCCCACAGGACCCACAGUGAUUCGUAGACUCACGUUCUGGCCUAGCGGCCUGUCUUCUGGUCUUCCAAUUUGACCCUCAGGCCUUGAUCCUUGACACUUUCCCCAGAACCCACCCGUCAUCAAACACUACACUUCAAACUUUGGACUUGCCAAUGAUGGGACUUGGAACACUAGGCCUCCUGUCUCGCCAAUUCAUAAACCCAGAGGGUCAUCAGCCCUCGUUCUUCCAACCCGCACAGAAUUCCAACUCCAGAACCUGCCAAUGUCUCACUGACAGGGGAGGGGCACCAGUCCUCACUGGUCUUCUAUCCGGAUAUCUGGCUGCCAAUGUCCCACGUCUGCAUUCCUAGCUUUCAAGUGCAGAGCAGAGGCCUGUACUCCAGCCUGACCUCUAAUCUCCCUCAAUCCCCAUCAAACCUGACUCCUAAUUCCCCAGAACCAUCCCCACAAACCUAUUCACUCAACGAGGAUUGUGAAGCAGAACAUAUGACCAUAAGAUAUGGGAGCAGAAUUAGGCCAUUUGGCCCAUUGACUCUGCUCCACCAUUUCUUCAUGGCUGAUCCAUUUUCCCUCUCAAUUCCAAUUUCCUGCCUUCUCCCUGUCAUGUCCUGACUAAUCAAAAAUCUUUCAGUCUCUGCCUUAAGUAUACCCAAUGACUUGGCAUCCACAGCCACCUGCAGAUUCACCACUCUCUGGCUAAAGAAAUUCCUCCUUUUCUCUGUUCUAAAAGGACACCCCUCUAUCCUGAGGCUGUGGUCUUAGACCCCCCCCCCCAAUAGGAAACAUCCUCUCCACAUCUACUCUAUCAAGUCCUUUCAACAUUUGAUAGGUUUCAACAAGUCACCCCUCAUUCUUCUGAAUUCCAGUGAGUACAAGCCCAGAGCUUUCAAACACUUUCAAUAUGACAAGCCUUUCAAUCCCAGAAUCAUUUUUUCAUGAACCUCCUUUGAACCCUCUCCAGUUUCAGCACAUUAUUUCUAAAAUAAGGGAACCAAAACUGCUCACAAUACUCCAAGUGAGCACAAUACCUUAUAAAGCCUCAAAAUUAUAUUCUUGCUUUUAUAUUCUAGUUCUUUUGAAGUGAAUGCUAACACGGCAUUUGCCUUCCUCACCACAGACUCAACCUGCAAAUUAAUCAUAAGGGAAUCCUGUACAAGGACUCUCAAGUCCCUUUGCACUUCAAUUUUUGUGUAUUUUCUCUCCAUUUAGAAAACAGUCUACCCUUUUAUUUCUUCUGCCAAAACGCAUGGCCAAACACUUCCUGACACUCUAUUCCAUCUGCCACUUCUUUGGCCAUUCUCCUAAUCUGUCUAAAACCUUCUGUGGCCUCUCUACUUCCUCAAAACUACCAGCCCUUCCACCUAUCUUCAUAUCAUCCACAAAGCUGUCAAUUCCAUUAUCCAUGUCUUGACACAUAACGUAAAAAGGAUUGGUUCUGAUGUAGGCCCCUGUGGAACACCACUAGUCACUGAAGAGCCAACCAGAAAAGGCUGCCUUUAUUCCCACUGUUUUUCCAAUCAGCCCCUGCUUUAUCUAUGCUAGUAUCUUUCCUGUAAUACCAUGGGCUCUUAACUUGUUAAGCAGCCUCAUGUAUGGCACCUUACCUUUUGAAAAUCCAAGUAAACAAGAUACACUAAUUUGUUAUUUCUUUGUUGUUUCUUCAAAGAAUUCCAAAAGAUUUGUCAGGCAAGAUUUUCCCUUGAGGAAACCAUGCCGACUUUGCCCCAUUUUAUCAUGUGCCUCCAAGUAACCCAAAACUAUAUCCUUAAAAUCAACUGCAACAUCUUCCCAAGCACUAAAAUCAGACUAACUGGCCUAAGAAGAACGAACUGGCCUAACAGAAGAAAGCUCCUUUCUUCUGCCUAUCUCCCUUCUUGAAGAUUGAAGUGACGUUUGCAAUUUUCCAGUCCUCUGCUACAAUACCAGAAUCAAUUGAUUCUUGAAAGACCAUUAAUAAUUCCUCCACCAUCUCUUCAGUCACCUUUUUCAGAACAGCAGGGUAUAUACCAUUUUGUCCAGGUGACUUACCUAACUUAUGAUCUUUCAGUUUCCCAAAAACCUCUCUCUAGUAAUGGCAACUUCACACACUUCCGCCCCCUGACACUCUCGAACUUCUGGCAUAUUGCUAGUGUUUUCCACAGUGGUCUGAUGCAAAGUGCUUAUUCAGCUUAUCCACCAUUUCCUUGUCCCCCAUUACUACCUCUCCAGUACCAUUUUCCGGCAAUCCAAUAUCCUCUCUUGCCUCUCUUUUUUCCUUUAUGUGCCUGAAGAAACGUUUGGUAUCCUCUUUAAUAUUAUUGGCUAACAUACCAUUGUGUUCCACCUUUUCCUUCUAAAUGACUUUUUUAGUUGCCUUCUGUUGGUUUUUAAAAGCAUCCCAAUCCUCUAGCUUCCCACCAAUUUUUGCUCAAUUAUUUUCCGUCUCUUUGGCUUUUAUGUUGGCUUUGACUUCUUGUUAACCACAGUUGUGUCAUCUUGCCCUGAGAAUACAUCUUUCUCUUGGGAUGUGUAUAUCUUGUGUUUUCCAAAUUGCUUCCAGAAAUUCCUGCCAUUGCUGCUCUGCCGUCAUCCCUGCCAGUGCCCUUUUCCAAUCAAUUCUGGUCAACUCCUCUCUCAUGCCUCUGUAAUUCCCUUGACUCUACUGUAAUACUGAUACAUCUAACUUUAGCUUCUCCUUCUCAAGGGACAGGGUGAAUUUGAUGAUAUUAUGAUCACUUGUCCCUAAGGUCUCUAAUCAAAUCUGGUUCAUUGCACAACAUCCAGUCCAGAAUAGCUUUUCCUCUAGUGGGCUCAACUACGAGCUGCUCUAAAAAGCUAUCUUGUAACCAUCCUAGAAAUUCACCCUCUUGCGAUCCAGCACCAAUCUGAUUUUCCCAACCUACUUGCAUAUUGAAAUUCCCAUGACUAUUGCAAUGUUGCCCUUUUGGCAUGUAUUUUCUACCUCCUUUUGUAAUUUGUAGACCACAUCCUUACUACUGUUUGGGGUCUGUAUAUAACUCCCAUCAGCAUUUUACCCUUACGGUUUCUUAGCUCUACCCAUAACAACCCCAUGUCACCUCUUUCUAAUGAUUUGAUUUCAUUUUUACCAACAGAGCCAUGCCUACCUGCCUGUCCUUUUGAUACAAUGUGUAUUCUUGGACAUUAAGCUCCCAUCUGUAAUCUUCUUUCAGCCACAAUUCAGUGAUGCCCGCGACGUCAUACAUGCUGAACUGUAGCUACGCUACAAGUUCAUCUACAGAGCUUAGACUUGCCUGUCGUAAAUCCGAGGUGAAUCAUUCAGUGGGACAGAUAACCAGACACUCACUGUGGGCCAUGCCCCGAAAGUUCCCAGAUCACUUCCCUGUCCUAUCCUCUCUGCAAAGCAGCCUCUCGUUGAUUCCAGCUGUCAAGUAAGAUUGGUUUUAAGUUUAAGGGUUAGUUGCAUUUUUUUGCCAGACGCUUUUUACAGACUGCUGCUCAGUGAAUCUUUGUCCGCACCAGAAAUACCUGCUGAGAUUUAGUUCAUUCUGUCCUAGACCGUUCCUGCUUAACGGGUUAAGUCAGAAGACCUGGAGAGUACAGUCAGUGACAGAGGGUGCUGGGGGAGAGGGGUCACUGAGGGAUGGUGUGAGGGAGCUGGAUUAGCAUCUGUGGGGAUACAGUCAGUGACACAGAAUACUGGGAGAGGGGGGUCACUGAGGGAGCUGGAUUAAUGUCAGUGGGGGAUACAGUCAGUGACAUAGCACUGGGUGAGAAGGGUCACUGAGGGGUGGAGUGAGGGAACUGGAUUAAUAUCAAUGGAUAUACAGUCAGUGACACAAGGCACUGCAGGAGAGAUUGGCAGAAGGGAUUUGUAGGUCAAAGUGCCUGUUCCUGUCUGUGCCAGGUCAGCUCUGAGCCUCCAGUCCCUCCUGCAGACUUUGACAUUGAGCCUCCAACCUCUGGAUAAUUCACUUAAUUUCACUAUUUAGAGAGACAGCAUAGUUACAGGCCCUUCUAGCCCAAUGAGCUGCCCAGUUACACCCUUGUAACCAAUUAACCUGCUAAUCUGUAUGUCUUUUCAACGUGGGUGGAAAUCGGAGCAACACACAGUUGGGGGGGGUGGGUGCAAACAUACAAACUCCUUACAGACAGCAAUGGGAAUUGAACCCCAAUCGCUGAACACUGAUGCUGAUUGGAGGACAGGCUGCAGGAAUGAUCUUGUCCCCUUCACCACACAUUUGUCUCAUAUUCCACUAAACUUGUCCAAUCCCUGUACCUGGCCAAGUGCCCUCAGGUCCCCUGUAAAUCCUUCCCCUCAAACCUUUGCCCCCUCUAGUUUUGGACUACCUGUUCUUUGGAAGAGACAGCAUCUGUCUGCCUUAUCUCUGGCUUCCGCCCUGCAGAUUAUUGUUCAAAAGAGUCAAGGAACCCCCCCCCCCCCACCACCACUUCAUGGUGAGGGAGUUGAAGACCCCUUCUGUAAAUACCUUCACCGUCACCACACUCUGAAUGGGCCAAUCUCCUUAAACAGUGAUAUUUUUGUUUGCUUCCCACCACCUUUUCUUUCAUAUACCUUUAGUGUAGGUACCAGACACUUUAACGGUUUUCACAGCAAGCACCAGGUUCUCAAUCACCAAGGCAGAGCAGGGUGUCCAAACACAGACUAGUAUGGACAUCAGGGACCCUCACUCUUCAGCCAAUGCCCUGCCGAGCAGCAGGGCCACUUGCCAAAUCCUCAUCCCUCAAUCCACCCGACCCCCCCCCUCAAUUCCCUCCCUCCAUAUCCCUCAGCUCCUUCCCUCCAACAUUCCCUGAUCUCCUCUCCGUCUUCCGUCCUCCCCAGGAGGAUGUCUGGUGUCUCUGAGCCCUGGUUUCAUGAUUCAGGUCUGAAUGCGAUGCUACCCCUGGUCCCAACAAACUGCUCACCAGUUUGACCCCUUCGGCCAUGAGGGCAGCUGGCAAGAACGGACCCCGGCCUUCAGGAGAAGUGGGGAGAAGCUGAAUGAAGCAUGGCUAUAGCUGAACGCACUCCCCAAUCCUGACACAGCCACACUCCAGUGACAGUAUUGCCAAAUAGCUCCAAGAUAAUGCCGCUGCUACGGAGAGAUUCACGUUGUUGUUUUCAGUAACUGUGUCCCAGGGAUUAUCAGUUUCUAACCACUGAUUAUUGACUUUCACUGUGACAUCCUGCUGUGGAUGCCUGACUGCCAGUAGGAACAAGAUAAUCAGGAGAAUAAAAGCUUCUCAAUGCUCAGAAUCGGGAAUUUGAAUGCAAAAGCAGAAAGUGGUGUGUUAAUGGUCAUUGUGUGCCCACAGUCUGAACGACCUGUGAUUCCAGUCACUCUGCAGCAGUUCGCGAGGUGGCCAUUUGGUGAUCUCUUCCCACGUUUGGAAAUCCUACGGUCUUCGUAUCCCCAGUCACAGAAUGACAGAACGCUACAGUGCAGAAACAGAGCCUUCAGCCGAACUGUUCUUCUACCUGGUCCCAUCCACCUGCACCUGGACUGCAGACCCCCAUCCACGUACUUACCCGAGCUUAAAUGUUGUAAUCGACCCCGCAUCCACCGCUAGCUCUGGCAGCUCGUUCCACACUCACACCACCCUCUGAGUGAAGAAGUUUCCUCUCGGGUUCCCCCUAAACAUGGUGGAGCAUCCUUUAUAUUCAAAUUUCAGAUCUAUUUAUCACAUGUACAUCGAAACAUGCAGUGAAAUGCAUCGUCUGCGUUAACAAACCAAGGAGGUGCUGGGGGCAGCCUGCAAGCGCUGCCACAUAUUCUGUUGCCAGCACAGCAGGCUCGCAGGACAACACAAACAGGAGCUCAAACAAUAAAAGCAAACAGAUCAGCACUCCCCUUCCCAUCCCUCCCACCUCUGCGCUCUCACACACCUCCGGUCCUUGGUCCUGCUUUCUCAGACUCACUGACAUCGGGCCUUCACUUGCAAGACUGUUUACAGUGGGCCAGGUCGGGUGGAAAAUCAGGCCAAUGUGGUCUGAGGGGAGAGUCGAACCACAAUUUUAAUCCUGUAGAAAGGGAAUACCUAAGCACUCACAAAUUGUAUACGUACAUCGUCCAGCGGACACAUAGUAUCCUGGCCUACAAGCUAGGUUUACUGCGCAAAUAUUGUGUUUUCUGGAGAUCUGCUGACAUGUUACUAACCAUAAUCAUUGUAUUAUCUAAUGCCAUGCCUCCCACUGUAACAUAUGCCAGCCGCACGCUGGCCAGUCCUUUUGUUAUUUUUCUAUGUUCAAUUUGUUGGAAAUUGCACAGGGUUUUAUUUUGCACAGACGCAGUAUUUACAAAAAAAAAUGGAUAAUGGGGGAAAUUAAGGUCUUCUUUGCUUGUUACCAAUAUACCAGAUGCAAACAAUGCUGAGGGAAAUAACUUUCCUCAGUGUACAAUACAAGGGACUGAGAAAUAAAACUGAUUGUGUUGCCA